CUAAAUUUUAGUCAGUUAUGCAUAGCUUGCCGAGGGGCGAGUAUGUAACCAGUGACUGGUCAGUCAUUCUCUUGAAUUUCGAAAUUAUGUAGUCAUAAACUUGUGGGUAGGAAAGAUACUUAUUCAUAAAAUUCGUAGUAAAAUCCCGCAAUUUAGAAGUUUUUGAUUUUUGUGCUGAAUAUUUAAAUCUGCAGUGUUCAAUUUUCAAAAUUUAUAGAACUUUUACACAAGGACAAAUUUAGUUAGUUAGAUUUUUUUACGAAGUUUGAUAGAUAAUUGUGGUAAAAUUUUUAAGUGUAAUUGACCAUGGAAAUCCCGAGGGACCAGGGGCACGCGAACAAGGAAUCUACCCGGAUAAAUUCUACCCAUAUGCAAAAUAUUAACCCACCAAUGGUACAACCUCCCCCCGGAUUCGCUCCAGUGACACGAAACGAGUUGCAAAUGGUGGCAGAUCACUUGCAAAAAAUAUUUGGCGAGAUGAUUGGACAAAUGGAUAAACUCCACAACUCCAAAUGUUCCCAGGAAUCAGACAAUUUUCACACAAAGGAGGUACAAUCCACGCACAAAAUUCGCAAAUCAUUCUCAUCUCCCGCAGAAUUAAUGUCGCUACAAAAUUGCUACCAAGAAAAUGAAGGCGCCACAUCAAGUAGAGAAUAUUCUGUAAAAUGCGAAACCUUCUCCGAUGAUGCCGACGCGGAUAAUGAAGACGACGGAGGCGCCGAGCAGAUUGAGGUAAAUACUCGAAAAACCAAGAAACCGAAGAAGAAGAGGCAUUCAAAAAUUCAAGAAUUAUUCAACCAAAUGGAUGACAGCGAUGAUGAUAAUUUUGACAAAGAAAACGAGAACAAAACCACGAUCCGCAGACGAUCCAAGGUGGGGCGGAAUAGCUGGGAAUAUGCAAAUUUGCGCUGUAUUAGCUCUUAUUAUUUGUGCUAUUAUUCGUAAAACUUUAUUAUCGUUAAUAUUUUAGAAAAAUGUGUGACAGGGCUUCGAAUAUGAUGUAAAUAUUUAGUUUAGUUAUCAAUUAAAAUAUAGCAAGCCUUAUACGAUCACACUCUUAAAAAUUCAGACUU